CUACUCUCUUCUCUGCUUCUCCCUGAAGAAGAUAAUGGCGUCUCUGCUUCAUCCACCGUCCUCUCUCCACGCCUCGUCCUCUCCAUCCCGCUCCCUCUUCCUCGGCCGCUCUCUCCCUCUCAGGUACUGUCAUAGAAUUCGGCGGACGCAUCAGCAGAACUUCAAGCUAUGCACAGUCCAGUGCAGGCUCGCCAGGCCUAAGGAGUCCGCUUCUUCCCCGAGCCCAGCUUCGUUGGUCAGGGAGCCUCACAAGUACUUCGAUCAGGUCGUCAUCACCGUCCGGUCGGGCGAUGGAGGCCACGGCGCCGUCCUCAACAUGCCUCAGCCUCCAAGGACCGGUGGCAGGCACGAGAAGGAGAGGCCCAAGGGGAGGAAGAAGAGCUCGCUUAAGAGAGACUUCGAUGGAUCGCUCAUACUCCCCAUGGGAGGCCACGGCGGGGAUGUCGUCAUCUACGCCGAUGAAGGGAAGGAUUCGCUGCUGGAGUUCCACCAGAAGAGCCGGUACAACGCCAAGCGCGGUGGAAAUGCCGACGCCAUGGGCGUUUUGACGUCUCAAUUGCACGACGGGUUCGCUGCUCCUACUCUCCGCAUUCCUGUGCCUGUAGGUACCGUGGUCAAACAUAAACGCGGGAAGUUGUUGGCUGAUCUGGCUAAUCCAGGUGACGAAGUUCUUGUCGCAAGAGGUGGACAAGGCGGGAUUAGCUUGAUAGAGAUGCCUGAACAUAAACGGAAGAAGAUGAUGGCUUUGACAACAAAUGUUAUGAGAGAUGACAGUGAUAAGGUUUUAGUUUUUGGGCAACCUGGAGAGGAGGUUAGCUUGGAGUUGAUUCUCCGAGUUGUUGCUGAUGUUGGUCUAGUGGGACUUCCAAAUGCUGGAAAAUCUACCCUUUUGGCUGCCAUUACACGUGCAAAACCUGAUAUAGCUGAUUAUCCAUUCACAACAUUAAUGCCAAACCUUGGGCGGCUUGAUGGUGACCCAAGUUUAGGUCCAGGGCAGUAUUCAUCUGAAACAACAUUGGCAGAUCUGCCUGGUCUUAUUGAAGGUGCCCAUCUCGGGAAGGGUCUUGGUCGAAACUUCUUAAGACAUCUGAGGAGGACUAGGCUGCUGUUGCAUGUCGUUGAUGCAGCUGCUGAGGAUCCUGUGAAUGAUUAUAGAACAGUUAAAGAGGAAUUGCGAAUGUACAAUCCCCAUUACCUAGAAAGACCAUACAUCGUUGUUCUGAAUAAGAUUGACCUUCCACAGGCAAGCGAUAGAAUUGCAUAUUUGUCGGAAAUAAUUCUGAACAUUGGAACCGAAAGGACACCUACAGAGACAGAAAUGAGAUCCGAAGAUUCAGUAGAGUCUUCUGACAGGGGAAAUGAUGACGAUCUCUCUCUGGAGGGUACUGAAAGGAAUCAAAGCGACAAAGAAAUCGAAGAUUAUCCAUGUCCCCUUGCUGUUGUGGCUGUCAGUGUCCUGAAAGGCAUCAGAAUCACUGAGAUGUUAGGGGAGAUAAGAGCAGCUUUGAGGGAGUGCAAUGAUAUUGAUGAAGCAAAGGAACUUGCUUUAAGAACUUAAUAGCUCACACAUCUGCUGGUCAUUUUUCAAAAUUACCCCAAAAUUUUGGCUCCAGGGCGAGGAGCCAAACCCGGGAAGGGAGCGCGGAGUAGAAAGUUCAUAGAUUGAUCUCAGUGCUUUCACAACGGCCUCAUCAUGUGUCGGUGUAAAAAGUUUGAUAUGUCUGUCAUGUCGAGUGGCCACCGCAUUCUUCUUUGCUAGAUUAGCUGAAAGUGAAGUUUCGCAACGAUUUGGUUAUCGGGUGUAAUUAUAAAUUUGGAAUUGGCUUCAAAACAUGUACACACAAUUUUAGCAUGUAGUGUCGUCUACGUCUUUCCUUGGAAUAUUUAACAAGUCUAAUAAAAUAAUCCUAUAUUUUUCCUUUUGAGAA